GCGCCGUGGGUGACGUCAAGGUAACAACCGCCGCCCGAGGAUGGCUUCCAGCUUCAAGAAGACGAACGUGGCCUCCACCAGCCAGAAGAAAAAGGUGGGUCCUAAGCCCGAACUCACUGAAGACCAGAAGCAAGAAGUUCGGGAAGCGUUUGACCUCUUCGAUGCCGACGGAAGCGGGACCAUCGACGUGAAGGAGCUCAAGGUGGCCAUGCGAGCGCUGGGCUUCGAGCCCAGGAAGGAAGAGUUGAAGAAGAUGAUCUCCGAGGUGGACCGGGAGGGCACGGGCAAGAUCAGCUUCAACGACUUCUUGGCCGUGAUGACUCAGAAGAUGUCGGAGAAAGACACCAAGGAAGAAAUCAUGAAGGCUUUCAGGCUCUUCGACGACGACGAGACCGGGAAGAUCUCCUUCAAGAACCUCAAGCGAGUGGCCGCCGAGCUCGGGGAGAACCUGACGGACGAGGAGCUGCAGGAGAUGAUCGACGAGGCGGAUCGCGACGGAGACGGCGAAGUGAACGAGGAGGAGUUCCUCAAGAUCAUGAAAAAGACCAACCUCUAUUAAAGUCACUCCAGUGACUCACUGGGUCCCUUGCGUCUGUAUUCCCUCCUUCCUCUCUGGUUUGUCUUGAUGGAUUUCGAACCUCGAAAUCAAUUAUAGUAUUUAAAAGAUUCCUGUAACCUGAAUUCCUUUUUUUUUCUUCUUCUUUCUUUUUCUUUUUCUUUCUUUCUUUCUUUCUUUUUUUUUUUUUAAUUCUCUAAGAGCAAACCUUCAGUGCCAUUGGUUAACUUAAGGGCUCUGAAACUAGAGUCCACCCACCGCUGGCCUAAACCUGGUGGACACCCAUUAAACACGAGCAACUUCUUCCAACAAACAGAAA